AUGGGCCUCAUCCCAGCACGCAAAGUUGUGGCUUUCGAGAUCAAGAAAGGCCAAAGCUUAACGAUUAUCAACACUCAUGGAAAGCAAGUUGUAGACUUUUGGGCCUUUAAUCCAAAGGAUCCCAAUGACUUCCUUUCCAUGGUGCACACACGCACAGUGCUGCUGAAGAUCGCAGUGGCAGAAGGCGACCAUCUUUACUCUACGCGUCGGAAGCCAAUGUUAACAAUGACGGAGGACACCACGCGGGGAGUCCAUGAUAUUAUUUGGUCAGCUUGUGAUUCAGAACGCUAUCGCAUGCAGGGGGUCCAGGGCUAUCAUGACAAUUGUUCAGAUAAUUUACACAAUACACUCAAGGAGAACUUCCCGGAUUUCCCCAUGGCGAAUGAUUGGGUGCCAGAUCCUUUCAACAUCUUCAUGAACGUGGCGGUCGAUCACCAUGGCGGCCUGAAUAUCCGACCCCCGACAAGCGAGAAAGGCCAAUUCGUCACACUGAGAGCAGAGGCAGAUCUGAUCGUUGCAAUGAGCUCUUGCCCUCAGGACAUUGAUCCUGUUAAUGCUGGGGAGCCCGCUGAUUGCGAGUACCUCAUUAGUGGCAUCAGCGAGUCGCCGCUCGCGAUAGUCCCACCCACGCACACGCGUACCCGAAGAGUCAAGGUUGCCAUGUCCGUGGACUUCGACGCAGUCUCUCACUGGCUCGGAACGGGGUGCCAUAAAGAUAACAAUAUGGCAGACUAUAGCUCGGGUAUAUUCGCAGGCCAAGUUGGCGUAUAUCGUCUGCUGGAUAUGUUCAAAUCGCAUAAGAUUGCGGAUAAGGUUACUUGGUUUGUCCCCGGACAUACGACCGAGACCUUCCCUGCAGCUGCAGAGGCAGUGCUUAAAUCGGGCGCAGAAAUUGGUCUUCAUGGCUAUGCCCACGAAGGGAUCUAUCAGAUGACCGAAGAACAAGAGAGAGAGGUCUUGUUGAAGUGCAUCGAUGUAACGACGAAACUUACCGGAAAGAGCCCUCGUGGCUACCGCGCCCCGAUGUACACGGUACGGGAAACGACGGUGAAGCUCCUUCGCGAACAUGGAUUCCUCUAUGAUUCAUCUUUGAUGCAUCAUGACUCGCAGCCAUACUUCACACCUAACGACCCACCCAUACAACACAUUAAGUGGUCCGAACCAGCGUCUUCAUGGCUCAAACCCUCGCCUAUUGCGUCUCAGGGAUACCCUCACGGGCAGCACCCUCUUGUGGAACUACCGUGUGGAUGGUAUAAUGAAGAUAUGAUGCCCAUGCAGUAUCUACCACAUCUCAGCAAUAGUAUGGGAUACGUAUCAACUCGUGUGGUCGAGCAGAUGUGGAAAGAUAAAUUCAUGUGGCUCUGGGAGCAUAGCAGCGAGGGAUGUGAAGUAGCCGAUUUUAUAUUCCCGCUAUUGAUCCAUCCCGAUGUUACUGGCAUGGCUCACAUUAUUGGAAUGGUUGAUCGAUUUAUUUCUUGGUUGCAAGGCCUUGGCGAAUCGGUUGAGUUCUGCAAACACGAGGAUAUUGCUACCGCGUGGCUAGGAGUUCAAAAGACAUUGGCGGGAGAAAACACUUCGGCCUCCGAAGACGUGAAAGAGUUGUGCCAAAAAAUGGAGGCACUCGGAACCACUUGCUUGCACCCUGAGACUGGGAAGCCUUACAUCAAAUCAUUUUACGGUGGAAAGGAUAAUUCAGUCCAAGGUCUACAGAAUGGAAUGUCCCACGUUUUUGUCGUUGAAUUCGAGAACGUGGCGGAUCGAGAUUACUAUGCUUUGACUGAUCCGGCUCACUUGGAAUUUGUGCGGUGGAGUGACACUGUUACCAGUGCAGUGCAAACAAUUGACUUCAGAAAUGGGAAGUAUGAUUGUUGA